AUUAAAACAUCAAAAAUUGGGAGUACACAGAAAGAGUGAAACCAAACAAACAGCAUUAGCAACAACAACAUCGUCAUCGUCAUCUUCUUCUUCUUUGUUCAGCUUCCGUAACGUUAACGUUGUUGUGUGUCCCAAUCCCAUGGACUUCACCACUUUUGCAUAUUCCACACCCUCUUCUCAUGCAAUUCCUCCCACACCCACUUAUCGCUUUCAACCCUCUCCUUUUCCUCUUCAUCUCCCAUUUUUGAAAUUAAAGCGUUGGGGUUUGGUUAAGAAUCGCCUAAUUGCUCGUUGCAGUUCUGGGUCAGAUGAAUUUGGGUCUGUUAAUGGGUUGCACUCCACACCCAAUAAGCUUUUUGUGGAGGAGGCUAUUGGAGCUGAAUAUGGGGAAGGCUUUGAGACUUUUAGGACUGAUGGACCAUUAAAAGUUGAUGUGGACUAUUUGAAUGAAAAAUUGCAAGAUGGUUUUCUUCAGCGUAUACGCUAUGCUAUGAAGCCUGAUGAAGCUUAUGGACUUAUCUUCUCUUGGGACAACGUGGUGGCUGAUACACGAGCUCUAAAGAGGAAGGCAUGGAAGCAGCUGGCGUCUGAAGAGGGAAAGGAUAUACCUGAAGAUGGUGAUAUGCAAAGAUUAUUGCUUUAUGCAGGUGCUGAUCACGUGUUGCAUAAGCAUUUCCUAUCAGAUAAGGCAGAAAAUGAGCUGGAUAGACUAAAGUUGAGAUUUUCUCAGUUAUAUUAUGAUAAUCUUCUAAGACUUGAAAGACCAGCGGAUGGCCUCAAAGAAUGGUUGGAGGCAGUUUAUACUGCUCGCAUCCCUUGUGCUGUUGUUUCAAGUCUUGAUAGAAGAAAUGUAGUAGAAGCUUUGGAACGAAUGGAGCUCAAGAAGUAUUUCCAGGCAAUUGUGACUGAAGAAGAUGGAAUGGAGUCAAUAGCUCAUAGAUUUCUUUCUGCUGCUGUCAAGCUGGAUCGAAAACCUUCCAAGUGUGUGGUUUUUGAAGAUGAUCCUAGAGGUGUAACUGCUGCACACAAUUGUACGAUGAUGGCUGUAGCAUUGAUUGGAGCUCAUCCUGCGUAUGAUUUGGGGCAGGCUGAUCUUACUGUUGCUAACUUUAGUGAACUUUCUGUGAUCAACUUGCGAAGGCUAUUUGCUAACAAUGGUUCUACAUUUAUGGACCUGCAGAGGCAGAUCAUAGAGAAAACUCCUCCUAAAAGGAAACUUACAAUAGACACCAUUUUCUGAUAUAUUUUCCUUACUAUUUCCCCCUCUACUAAUUUUCCUUGUAAUUAUUUAGUUAUGCAGCCAUAAUUUUUUUUUAUAUAAAAUAAAAUUGCAAUCAGUUUGGUCUGAUGUUAUCUGAAUGUUCUAUAUUUUUUUUUUUCUUUGCACUUCCAGUUUUGUCAGUUCCAAAAUGGGAUUUAGAUCCCCCCAAGAUUUAUCUAUUUUUGGUUAAUAUAAUGUAGAUUUUAAAAUGAAAUUUGAUUGAGAUUUGAAACGG